CGCACCUCACAGGAAAUAGCCCCUGUAUCAGGGAGGCCUCGCUGCCGUUCUACCUUCCUCCUUUGGACGCGCCACAGGUUCCCUUCAGGCUGCCUGGAGGAGGCUUUCGCGACCUCCCCCUCGCUCCAGCUGUGCAUAGAGGCACUGCAGCCAGGCAGCCAUCGGCCGGCCCCGCCUUGUCCCGCCUCCGGAGCUACGAAGGGGUCGCGGCAGUGCUCAGGAGGAAGACGAACGCGAGCGAAAGCGGGCUAAAAAGGGAGAGGGGCUCGCCCCGUCUCCUCGGCCAGAAAAGCGCCAGCGAGAUGUCUCACGGGGUGCGGGUGAUCCGCACCGACGCCAGCAGCGGGAGCGCCUCCGCACCGUCUUCUGCUUUCGGGUCGGACUCCGGGUUGCUGGAUAGAGGCUACGCGGGCUCUUACUCAGCCAUGCUGAAAGUGGCCCAAAUGUUAUUGCUGCUGAUUGGAUUCAUCUGCAUAAGAUCUUCACGGUGGAUAGAUCACAGUACAUACACCUACUUUGAAAUUAUCUCCAUGUAUGACUUAGUUAUGAUUCUAAUUUUCUACAUUGUCUACAUCUUCAGAAUUUACCGAAUGCUGGCCUGCAUCAACUGGCCACUUGCAGAGUUUCUUCAUUACCUAAUAGGUACCGCCCUGCUUCUCAUUGCAUCUAUUGUGGUGGCAGCAAAAAGCUCCUAUUCAGCAGGUCUUGCAGCUGGAGCGGCCUUUGGCUUCUUAGCUUCAUUUCUGUGUAUCUUAAGUAUAUGGCUAUCCUACAAAGUCUCUUGUGUCACUCAAUCAACAGAUGCUGCUGUGUGAGUCUUUGGCACUCAAGGUGUACACACCAAAUUGUGGAAAUCAUAUGCUAAGACAGCAAAUGCAUUCAAGAUGGAAUUUUGUACUGGUGACCUUUUAAAGGGCUUGCUUUGUAUGACUCCUGAAACCUUUUACUAAGUGGACUGACCACCAGACUGCUCUGUUCUUACACUCCUCAUACUUGUUUGUCCAAACUGGAAGCAGAACCAGCAUUCUCUACUCUGCAUUGUCUUAAUACCUGUUGCCUGCCACGUGUACUCCACCUGCCAAAAUUCUUGGGGCCCAUAAGAAUGGCUGUUCCUAAGUGUUGAUUCUUUUCUUUUUCUUUCUUUAAACAAAGGGAGACCAGAGUUCAAAUCCCUGCUUAGCCAUGAAGCUCACUGGGUGACCUUGGAGUAGUCACUGUCCGUCAGCCUAACCUACCUCACGGGAUUGUUGUGAGGAUAAAAUGGAGAGGGGGAGAACCAUUUAUGCCACCUUGAGCUCAUUGAAGGAAAGGUGGGAUAUAAAUGUAAUGAUGAUGAUAAUUCUCCCUCCCCCCUCUUCACACUGAUAGCACUAAAACCACCUGCAUAUAGGAUCUGAAUUAGGACCUGCAUAAAAAGCUUGAAGGUGGAAAAUGUACUCUGCUUCCUUUCAUCUACAGUGGGCAAAAGCUGCAAAUUCACCAUGAACCAGUAGCUGUUAUAUAUCAAGUUAGACCUGCAAAGUCUAUUGCUUACCUUGCCUGACUUUUGGUCCCUGAUGUCAGAAAAGGCAUUUUAUCAUUUAUGUUUUGACUGGCUUACUGUGAAUAUUUCCUCAGAAGUGAAACAGGUUUUUUGUUGUGUGUUAUAGUGUUUAUGUUUUCAUUUUAGGUAUUUUUAUUCAUGACAAAGUAAUUUUGAAUCUAUGUUAUACCUCAAACACGUAGCACCCUGUAGACUAAAACCAACAUCUCUUUCUCAGUAUUGAUCUAUGUUGCUGGGCAUUAUUAAUACAAGUCUCUGUGAAGAAGACCUUGUUUGGCUGGAAAGGCCCCACCUAACUGGAGUCAAUCUUAUUUUGCAUUAGAAACAAACAGUUAAUUUGUUAUGGGGAAUUCUUAUGGCAGUUACUUCAAAAGAAGCAAUAUCUCUUCUAGAGUGCUUAUUUCCACAAUGUUCAAAAUGCCAUUUUUGUCAGUAGGGAUUCCAUUGCACUAUUGGAUGGUGCUUAGAAUAUUGCUGAUGUUUUUUAAACUUGCUUAAGGGGUGAGUGAGCCCCUGCUGUAGCAUGGAAAUAGUCAUGCAACCUUUAAACCAAACAAACAAAGGGGUGGGGGCAAACAUCAGUUUCAGGUAAUGCUCUUUGUGGACUUUGUUGCUCUCUUCCCUCUCUCCCCACAUCAGUUUGCUGUAUCUCUUUGCCAGCAGGGUUAAUACCUGUCUGCACCCCGCCCCCAAGGCUAAAACAAUAAAACCCAUAGAAGGCUGAAUCAGUGGUGCAAGUAUAACUUCACUGGGAAAGGGCCAGGCUUCUUAUUUGGAAAGACCAUGGAAAUAUGGAGGACAUGCUAAAAACAAGUUAGUGUUAAGACUGCAAUUAACAUGUGGACUCUGAUAAAAUAAGAGAUGACCAAGUAUGUAAGGAGAUAAUAUCCUAUUCUUAACUUCUAAAGAGAGAGAUGUUAGCAUCUUUGACUUCUAUCUAUUUGUGGCUAUGGGCUAGCAAAUGGUUUCUUAGUAGUAAUAACUAUGCAUUCCCUCAGCUCUUAUUCUGAUGCAGGAUGUUUAAGCCCACUGCCCCACUUCUGUUUUGUGUAGUACCUGGCUUACUUAUGCUAAGUAAAUGUUUAACGGCAAUUGGCCAGCCCCAAUUAAGUUAGCAGCAUAAAAGCAGGAUGCUCUGCGCUAAACGGAGCAGUCUUUGUUAUCCCUGUUGGUGUUAAUAAGAAAGUGAGUCAAUAUAUAAAAUGCUAGAAAUGUUAACUUUUCAGUUAUAGUCUAUCAGUGUUCCAAGCAAAAGUCAGAGCAAGAUGUUGUUACAGGAUUGACUUAGCACAGCAAUGAGCAGUGAAACAGUAGACAAAGAUAAGAAAGUUGGGGUGCUGCUACAGGCUUACUUGGUGGAUGACUUCAUUUGCAUCAGCUGAGACCAUCUGGACAUGAUGAAGUUAUUAUUAAUUUCAUUUGUUGGUCACCUCAUACCCAAUAGGCUCCAGGUGACUUACAACAGAUUUAAAAACAUAAUAUUAAAAACUUAAAAUCCUACCAAAAGAAAUCCUACCAAGGGAAACUAAGACAGUACACCUCAAGGACCAAUGGCCUGAGUGAAAAUGAAGGUUUUUGCCUAGCACCUAAAGAUGGAUAAAGAAGGUGCCAGACAUGCCUCCCUUGAGAAAGCAUUCCGUAGCUGGGGGACACCAAUAAAAAGGCCGGUUCUCAUGUUGCAAGCCUCAGAGUCUCUGGGGCAGGGGGGGAUACAAAUAAGGGGCUCAAAUGAAGAGCAUAGGAUCUGAGUUGCUUUAUGUAGGGAGCAGCACUCCUUGAGGUAUUGGGGUCCUGAGCCGCAGAAGGCUUUAUAGGUCAAAACCAUCACUUUGAAUUGAGCCUGGAAAUUAAUUGGUAGCCAAUGCAGCUAUACCAGAAUUGGUGUUGUGUACCAACAGUCUUACCCCAGUCAGCAGUAUAGCUGCCAAAAUCUGCACUAGCUGGAAUUUCUGAACUGUCUUCAAAGGGAGCGCACAUAUAACACAUUGCGGUUGUGUAACCUAGAGGUUAUCAGAGCAUAGACAAAGUUAGGCUUUCCCUGUCCCAAUAGGGGCACGGUUGGAACUUCCAGGAGACUGGGGAAGAGGACUCACCAUCAUUGCCCUUCCCAACAUUUCCCUUUUGCUGCUGGUAGUCCCCCUCUGGAGGAGAGGGAGCCAGCUAUAAGUCGUAAAACCACAAUGUCAACAUAUGUACGUGUGAAUUCCAGAUGUGUGUAUACUGCAAGUGACCCAUAACAUACUCAGAGCUAACAGGACCUUUUACUGGAGUUAAAACCACAUGUUACCCAUAUAUGUAUAUAAUCCACUUGCAAUCCAACAAGAAAGCACACAAAAGAUAAAGGUAAAUUUUAUUUAAAAGAGAAAUAGGAAGAACGUAGCAUUCAUUUACAAAGAAAUUGCGAGCAACAUCUAGCUAAAUGCAUUCAUUCAAUUGAUAGAUCUUCAGAAGUUAUAGAUGUGUUACAUCCAAGAUUCCAUAGAUUUGCACCCAAGAGAAGGAAAAGCAGAGAAAUAAAAAUGUUAGUGUAAUACCUUUCCUGUAGAAAUGCUGGGACUCAAAGGCAGGAAUGAGGCUUUGUAUCAAGCUCAGGAACCAAGCUCUGCCUGCAGUGUAACCUAGAGCUAGACAUGAGAGGUCUCACCGUUCCAAGGUCCAGAUGUCCUGUGUUGUGAAGCAGGGAGGAAUUCAUGGAGGCCCCAAAGAUGAUGUGAUGAAACUCAUGGAUAUUCAACUGAUAAUGGUUUUUAUCAUUUCAGCUAGUACACCAGCUGCACCCAUACCUGGUCAAGGAAGCUGAGGUCACAGUAAUAUGAGCCUUAGUUCCAUCGGCCAGAUAGGCGACACAUAAAUUAAAUUUAUUAUUAUUAUUAUUAUUAUUAUCCGUAACAAAUUACUGCAGCAUGCUUCAUGGGGGACUGCCUGUUGAAAACUGAUUGGAAACUACAACUGGCCCACAAAGCAGAUUCAAGGUUUUUAACUGGGAUUGGCCAAUUGGUGCAUAUAACCCUAUUUCUUAACCAACAAUUCAGUGCAUUGGUUUUGACCUUUAAAGCCCUAAAUAGUUUUGAACUAAGAUAUUGUAAGGAUCUCAUACUCCCUAUGCUCCUAUUAUUCCCUAUACUCUGAACAUGAGCUGAGGCCCUGCUUUGUAUUCCCCCACUGUUGGACUGCCAUGGCAGGUGGGGAGGUAGGUACAUAGGACAGGGUCUUUUUUGUGGUGGCAUUAAGAUUAUGGAACUCCCUCCUUAGUGAAGCUCACCUUCCUGACCUUCCUGAAAUUUUAAAAGAUAUUUAAAAAACCUCCAGACAAUUCUCUUUUGGAGGGCUUUUGAUUUGUAGUAAUCUUCACAUCUUCAUCAAUGCUUCUGGUUCUUUUUCCAGGUCUUUGCUACUUUUAUCAACUGUUUUUAUGUGAAAUUGUACAUUUUUAUUUUGUUUCAUAGCACUUUUAAUGUUUUUAGUCACCUUGUAAAUCUACAAGAUA